AUGGCCCGCGUCCCGCACCCGGCUCUCCGCUCUCCCCGCGGAGCUCCGCCGGAGCCCGGCCCGCAUUCCUGGCAUAACUCGACUCGACCGCAACCACCCUCCUCCUCCCCAUCACCCCGCUCCAACGGGGAGGAUGAAGCGGCGGCAUCCCGUUCUCCCCGCCUUUCGUCGGGCAGCGAAGGCGAAGGGCAAAGCGGUGCCCACCGUCACCGCGCCGCCCGGAAGAAGAAGGAGAGCGGUGGUUGGGAGAGUCCGGCGGAUGGCGGCGAUGCUGAGGCCGAAGGCUGCGGGAGGGUGGUCCCCCGUCAUCCCUUGCCCGUGGUGGCCCGUGUCUCCAAGGUGAACAUCCUGCCCUUCGGCAGCCCCGGCGGGUCGCGGAGCAGCAGUCGUUAUUCCAGCACGGAGACGCUGAAAGAAGAGGAACAGUUUGGGAUCUGUUGGCCCAACCAAGGACGGACUCUCCAGGCGGGUUACGGCGUCUAUCGAUCCCCCAGUUUUGGGGCGAGCGAUGGCCUGGCGUGGGGACAGCCAGCGGUCCGCAUCCGUCCCAAGCUGCCACAGGGCACGGCCAAGGCGAAACCGGACUUUGGGAGUGAGAGCCUGCACCAGCCGGGGCUGGAAGGGGAGCGGGCCAAGCACCGCAAGUCCUUGUCCAACCCUGACAUCGCCACCGAGACCCUGACGCUCCUCAGCUUCCUCAAAUCAGACCUCUCGGAGCUGAAGGUGAAGAAGAAAGGGGUGAGGAUCGGCCUUGACGCAGGCUCUGACGGCUGCUCCGGCAUCACCAACCCCUCCCCGGGCAGCCGCGGCGCCGCUCAGUCCCCCAACCGCUGGGCGCCGGGCGAGCGGCCAACGCUCAAGGACCUGACGGCCACUUUGCGUCGCGCCAAGUCCUUCACCUGCUCCGAAAAAUCGGGGACGCGGCGGCUUUUCCUACAGAGUACCAUGAAGCAGAGCUCCUCCGAGCUCCUCCUGGCCACCGCCGACAGCCAGGACCAGGUGGCUUUGGAUGGGGGACAACGGGGGGACGAGGAUGCUCUCCCCAUGGUCAUCCAGGACCAGUACAUCCAGGAGGCGAGGCAGGUCUUUGAGAAGAUCAGCAGGAUGGGUUCCCAGCAGGACUACGGCUUCACAGCCGAGCAGAAGGACAGCGGAGGUGUGGAGGGCGCCGAGGUGGUGGCACCGACAGUGACGACGGACGCGACCCUUCGGGGACGGGCGGAGAGCACACGGUGUUUGAAGGAAGGGGAGUCGGAGGAGAACCUCGCUUGCAGGAAAUCCGUGGAGGAGCUGUCAGGUCACGAGUCGAGCGUGACAGACGAGGGCAUCGUCACGGAGCCGGAGCCCGUGGGGAUGCCCUUCCAAGACCUGCAUGAAGCCGUGGAUGCCUGGACGCUGCCCAACGCUGGGCUGGCAGCCGGUGACAGCGAAACGCCACUGCCAGCUCACCCGGCAGUGGUGGUUGAAGACAUUCCAGCUGGCAAAUCCGAGACACCGAGCACCCCCGGCAGCUUGCGGCGCCGCCGUAAGUUCCCCUCGGCGGGUGCCAAUGGGAUGGAGGGUGGCAGCGAGGGUGGCACCGAGCCCUACCGCUCCCUGAGCGACCCCAUGCCCCACCGGAGAUGCUCGGUGGCGGAGGAGGUGAAGAAUUUCUCCGUUGACAGCAACUUCCUGGGCUCGCUGAGCACCAAGGCGGGCAUCCCCCAACCUGCCGCCAUUGCAGGCAGCGCAGGCAGCGCAGGCAGCGACCUAUCGCUCAGCAGUGAUGGGCCACGGGACUACAGCAGUCUCAUCCGAACCAUCGUUAGCCAGCCCGGCGCCAUGGCUAAGCUCAUCGAUGAGAAGGGCAACGGCAAGACCAUCAAGAAGAAGUCGUUGAGCGACCCCAGCCGCCGCGGUGAGCUGCCGGCUGGUGCCUUCGAAGGUCCUGGUGAGGCCAUCAGCGAGCUGGAGCCCAGCAUCCCACCGUCCAGCAGUGAGCCCAUCCUCUCGGCACAACCAGCAGUGCCGGGCACUGGCCGCGGCUAUGGCUUUGACCCCAAGUUGGCUGAUGUGUUGUCCCCUCGCAUCGCCCGGCGCAGCUCCAAGAAGCGCUCCAACCGCGCGGCUCACCAGGAAAACCAACCGCCGCCAGCGCCUGCCGUCCUCGCCAAGAGCCGCCUGGCCACCAAGCACGUCCGUCACACCAGCGAGCCUGCCACCUUCGUCCCCAUCACCGUCCCCGAGCCGCUUGUCCCCUCCGGCCACCACAGCCACCUCCCCGCACCGGCUGCCAGCCGCUCACCCGGCAAAUCCUUCCCGACCCUCCAACCUCCUUCGCUGGAGGAUGUCACCAAGCGGUACAUGCUGGCCCUCAACUCAGGUGACGCGUCCCCCGGUCCCGGGGAUGGACCCUGCUCUCCGCCUGCUGCCCCACCGCCCCGGCUGCCCCGGUGCCCGCGGCCACCCGACGAACACGGCCCCAGGACCAAGCCGCAGGUGGACAUGAGGAAACACGUCAUCAUGACGCUGCUGGACACGGAACAGUCCUACGUGGAGUCCUUGCGCACCUUGAUGCAGGGUUACAUGAAGCCGCUGAAGCAGCCGGAGAACUCGCUCCUGUGUGACCCAUCGCUGGUGGAUGAGAUCUUCGACCAGAUCCCCGAGCUGCUGGAGCAUCACGAGCAGUUCCUGGAGCAGAUCCACGACUGCGUGCAGAACUGGCACGAGAAGCAGAAAGUGGGCGACCUCCUCGUGCAGUCGUUCUCCAAGGACGUGCUGGUGAACAUCUACUCUGCCUACAUCGAUAACUUCCUCAACGCCAAGGAUGCCGUCAGGAUCGCCAAGGAAGCCCGGCCAGCAUUCAUGAAGUUCCUGGAGCAAAGCAUGCGGGAGAACAAGGAGAAGCAGGCUCUGUCCGACCUGAUGAUCAAGCCGGUGCAGAGGAUCCCACGAUACGAGCUGCUGGUGAAGGACCUGCUGAAGCACACGCCAGAGGACCACCCUGACCACCCUUUCCUCAUCGACGCCCAGCGCAACAUCAAGCAAGUGGCCGAGAGGAUCAACAAGGGCAUGAAGAGCGCAGAGGAGGUGGAGAGGAACGCCCGGAUCGUGCAGGAGAUCGAGUCCCACAUCGAAGGGAUGGAGGACCUCCAGGCCCCGCUCCGCAGGUUCUUGCGCCAGGAGAUGGUCGUGGAAGUGAAGGCGGUGGGUGGGAAGAAGGACCGCUCCUUCUUCCUCUUCACGGACCUGCUGGUCUGCACAACAUUGAAGCGCAAGUCGGGCUCCCUCCGCCGCAGCUCCAUGAGCCUGUACACAGCGGCCAGCGUGAUCGACACGGCCAGCAAGUACAAACUGCUCUGGAAGCUGCCGCUGGAGGACGUGGACAUCGUCAAAGGUGCCUCGCAAGCCACCAACCGGGAGAGCAUUCAGAAAAGCAUCUGCCGCCUGGAUGAAGACCUCAGCACUUUGGGGCAAGUCAGCAAGCUGUCGGAGACCCUCAGCUUCCCCCACCAGAACCUGGAUGAUGUGAUCAAGGACCUGAUGGCCGCCAUCCACCGGGAGCUGGCAGAGAAGCAAUCCCUGUCCUUCAGCAUGGCCUUCCCCCCCAACAAGGUGGAGCUCAGCACCACCAAAGCUGAUGGCACCGAGUCCUUCAUCUUUGAGUUCCCCAACCCCGAUGCCCGGCUUGGCUUUGAGCAAGCCUUUGAGGAUGCCAAGAAGAAGCUGGCUUCCAGCAAAAACUGCCUGGACCCAGAGUUCCUCAAGGCCAUCCCCAUCAUGAAGACGCGGAGCGGGAUGCAGUUUUCUUGUGCUUCUCCCAGCCACGGCAGCCCGGAAAGCUCCCACGAGGUUUGGGUUUGCAACAGCGAUGGUUAUGUGGGGCAGGUUUGUUUGCUCAGCAUCCGUAAGGAGCCCACGGUGGAGGCGUGCAUCGCUGUCUGCUCCGCCAGGAUCCUCUGCAUCGCCUCCGUGCCCGGUCUCAAGCGGGUGUAUAGGUAGGACAUUCCCACCGGCACCGCGGAGCCGGCAGGCACGGGGCGAUGCUGGAGCUGCUUCUUUCCCCCCUCCCCUCGUCGCGGCAGGGAGCGUGCCGAGCCGGUGGGCAGCCCCUCCUCGGAGCCGAUGCCGGCGCAGCCGGAGGAUGCGGGGCCGCAGCCGUGCCUGCACAUCUCCAUCUCGGGUUCGUCGCUGGAGCUCUCAGAGCCGGUCGACGGCGGCAACAGGGAGCUGGUGCCCUUCGAUAGCGAUGACACAGAUGAUGAGUCCUCGCCCAGUCCCUCAGGGACGCUGCAGAGCCAAGCCAGCCACUCCACCAUCUCCUCCAGCUUUGGCAAUGAAGACAUCCCAAGCUGCAAGGAGGCAACAGCAGAGACGACGAGCUCGGAGGAAGAGCAAGAACCCGGCUUCAUGCCCAUCACCGGCACCUACGGCCAAAACCGGCAUGGAGAGAGCCCCACAGACGGGCGAGCCCUGCGCCGCUCCAGCCGUGGCUCCUUCACCCGGGGCAGCCUCGAGGACCUCCUCAGCCUUGACCCUGAAGCCCAUCAGAGCUCCAUGUGGUUGGGCACCGAGGAUGGCUGCAUCCAUGUGUACCAGUCCUCGGACAACAUCCGUAACAGGAAGAACAGCAUGAAGAUGCAACAUGCCGCUGCCGUCAUGUGCAUCUUGUACUUGGAUAACCAGGUUUUUGUGUCGUUGGCCAAUGGGGAGCUCGUUGUGUACCAGCGGGAGGCAGGCCGCUUCUGGGACCCCCAAAACUCCAAGUCCCUGUCCCUGGGCUCACCGGGGAGCCCCAUCACCAAGAUGGUGGCAGUGGCAGGGGAGCUCUGGUGCGGCGGGCCAGGCUGCCAAAACCGAGUCAUCGUCCUCAACACCGCCACGUUGGCGCAAGAGCACACGCUCCAGGUGGGACAGGAUGGCGGACGCAGCGUCACCUGCAUGGUGAGCUCGGGGACCGGCGUGUGGGUCGCGCUGCAGAGCAGCGCCCAGGUCCGGCUUUACCACGCCACCAGCUACGAGCAGUUGGCCGAAGCAGAUAUCACCCCCCCGGUACACAAGAUGCUCGCCGGCUCGGAUGCCAUUAUCCGGCAGCACAAGGCAGCCUGCCUGCGGAUCACGGCUCUCCUGGUGUGCAAGGACUUGCUGUGGAUCGGGACCAGCGCCGGCGUGGUGCUGACCCUCGCCGUCUCGGCCAAGGCGGCACCGGCGUUGGUGGGGCUCUCUCAGGGUCACACCGGCCACGUCCGCUUCCUCACCGCCAUCGAGCUGCCCGACGGCUUGGAUGUCCUCUUCCCAUUGCCAAGGGAGACGGGGGCUGAGAAGCCGAGUGAGGCAGAGAAACGAGACCCGUCGCGCCCCCGCGCCCCCGCCCUCACCCUCUCCAAACCCAAGAUGCUGGUGAUCAGCGGCGGGGACGGCUACGAGGAUUUCCGCCUGACCAGCAGCAGCGAGACGGUGGGCCGGGAUGACAGCACCAACCACCUCCUCCUCUGGAGAGCAUGA